CCCAUGCAAUACAACCCUCCCCGACGCUGCUGCAGCUUCAAAUGCGUGCUACCUCCCAUCUUGAGAUCUGGAAGAUGCAUGCCGCACGCGCCUAUCCGCUCGCUGAUAGGGUCUGUUCCUCGACUGUCUGACUGCAGCUCUACGUGGUAGCCCGAGUUUGUCGCACAUCCCUAGCCGUGCUGCUCCCGUUUUGGGCACAACCCGGUCAAAUGGGGCCGGGAACCGACUCUUCACCAUCCCGUUCCAACGGGAGGUCUUCGACAGCAUCCCCAGAGGAGCUAUAUGCCAAUGCGGUAUCCUCUUACUCCCGCCAGGGCGCCGAGGCGACUCUGUUCCCUGGCCCUCACUUUGAGAGGCUGGGAACAUACCUCAAGGCCCCCUUUUACCGCCGGCGCGACACGGCAGCCGCUGCCGGGUUCCCGUUUUUUGUUCUCUACCAAGGCCUAGGCCUCGACAGGACACGCCGCACCGAAGCCACCUCGCCCGACCAAGUUGCUGCCUUGGCCAGGGACCACCCCGGCGGGAACCAGCUGCUGUUUCUACGCGGACAACCCUCUCCGGAGUGGCUCAGCGGGGUAGGGUCUAGGUUCGGUGUCGACCCGGAAUACUUUCAACGGCAUAUGGACAUCAUCCUCGCGGUCGGUCGGGCCAAGUACUACGCUCAGCCGUCGCUGCCCUCCGCUUCCAGCCAGGUGGUCCAGCUACGGUACUUUACCCUCAGCAAGACGGUCAAGCCGUCUUUCAAGGCGGACCAGACGGACCAGCUUAGGCUUUCCGCCCGGAAGAAGAUGGACGACUACAUCACCGCCACGUCCCAGAAACUGGAGCACGGCAACGCGGUCGGAAACUCCAUUGUACGGGACUUUUCGCUUUUCAGCAACGGCCGUUGGGCAAUUGAGCAGUGUAUAUCUCUCUGUGUGAAUCGGACCGAAACAGGCUGGACAGCUGUCGCGUGGGUUGAUACGGGCAAGGACCUGAACGAAUGCCCCCGUGGGCCAUGGAAAGACCAUUGGGAGCACAGCCAUACAGACUACCGAGCCUUCCUCCCGACCGUCCAGAGCUACCCCCACUGCUCCCUCCAUCCCCAGAGGGAGUCGGUCGCGCAGGACCCAAUGCCCAAGCCGCAGUUCGCCCAGAGCGCCUCGCUCCUCCACCGAAACUACGGAAAGCGGCUGGACAAGGCCAUGAUGGGCGUGGACGCCUUCUAUAGCUUCCACGAGAUCUUUAAGUUUUGCGCCUUCUCCCAGGUCCAGUUCCUCAACAUGAUCGAGGACUGCAUCUCCGAGGCCGUCGACCUGGAGAGCCCGGAGCACAUGAGCAUCGCCCAGUCGAACCUCGUCUACGCGCAGGACCUGCUCGACCGGCAGGUAGAGAUCCUCAGGAGCACAAUCGAGAUCAUCAAGGCCCGCGGCGGGCCGACGUGGCCCAAGGCAACAACAACGGACUGGGCUCACCCCAGCAACGAGCAGGUGCAGAGUGACAAAGACUGCGCCCAAGCCGCCGAGGAACUCCGGAAAGAUUUUGAACACCUCCACGCCUGCGCGAUCCGGCUCUCAGAGGCCUGCAAGUCCAAGAUAUCGCACCUCACCUCACGGGCUGCGCUCGCCGAGUCCAGGAAAGGCAUCGAUCAGGCGCGGGAGAUGGCUUACCUGACUCGACUUGCCUUCAUCUUCAUCCCUCUGGGCUUCGUGACCUCCUUCUUCGGCAUGAAUCUCGAACCCAUCGCGGCCGGGAAUUAUCCCCUGUGGAUCUUCUUCGUCAUCGCAGUACCUUUUAUCAUAUUAGCCUUGGGGCUGAUGUACUGGGAUCGCACCUCCAUCGCCCUCCGCGGCUUGCUUUUUUCGGCAAAGGAAAGCGCCAGGACCAACCCGUGUUAAUCCGGUUCAGCCUUUGCGGUCCCUAAAGGGAAGGACUGGUAGUCGGGCGUGAUGGGGCAAAGAAAGGUUCACGCGAAAAAAAAUGAGGUGACGAAGCUGAAAGGAUAGAGAAAAAAAAAGAUGAACAAAAUCAAGGCCCAUAAGAUCACAGGCAGCGAGCAGACGCAGACGAGCGUGUAAACAGUGGGGAGCGUUAUAAUCUUUCGUCCAAUAUGUAAUCCUUUCCCAUUUCUGCAUAGCUUCCCUUCUAGACAUCUCGCCUCAUAGCACAGCCCCCCUAGCGAUUAAUAUUAGAUAGCAAAGAGGAGCCCAAAAGCACCAUAAAGAUAGACUAUCAAGCUCAGUUAGUUCAGGCCCACGGGAGGGAUGAAUAGCAAGGGUAGCCGAGGGUAGUCUCACCGAUGAGGCGAUGAAAUUGAUGCCAGCAGACGGAUGGCCUUUCCCUCGCCCAAUGGAUAGCAGCGCAGCCAUCAAGGGACCACCAACAAGCUCCG